CUAGGUUUGCCCAGGGCGCGGCAGGAGGCACAAACAGGCGGAUCCCCGCCACUGCCUAGCGACUCCCGCCGCUGCCGCCUCCUCCGCCGCCUCUGCUGCCUUGGUUACUGCACGGUCUGACUGCAACGAUGAAGCCGGGACUCCAGGCUGGGCUCCCAUUGCUGCUUCUGCUGUUGCUGCCGUCAGUUCUACCUGUUUCAGCAGCCAAUGACCCUGCAGAUGCAGACAAUCCCUUCUACUAUGACUGGCACAACCUGCGAGUGGGUGGCCUGAUCUGUGCUGCGAUCCUGUGUGCCAUCGGCAUCAUUGUUCUCAUGAGCGGCAGGUGUAAAUGCAGGUUCAGCCAGAAACACAACCCCCGCGGUGGGAACGUCCCCACCCCUCUCAUGGGCCCAGGCUCUUCCAGUAACUGCUGAGUCCGGAGAAGGUGGACGACGCUCCCGACCCCAGCCUCUGACCACCUGGACUCCCCACCUCCAGCCCCCUAUAGCCUCUGUUCUGCUUGUCCCCGUUAAUAAAGCGUCUCCACACCAAUGA